CUGUGACGUCGGCGCGGCAGCAGAGAGAAAAGAUGGCGGCGGUGACCAGAGGCUCCUUCGCGGUGCUCAGACAGCUGCUGAGUCAGCAGUACCGCCGCAGAUGUUUCCGGCUGCAGAACUUCAGGUCGGACAGAACUCUGCAGCCGCUCGCCGUCAGAUGGGAGAGAAACCUCCAGAUGUUCAGCUGCAGGACGCUGCACACCGCCGUCGUGAGUCGAGGGCCGGUCGUCCAGUUCAAGCUGUCAGAUAUCGGAGAGGGGAUCAUGGAGGUGACGGUGAAGGAGUGGUACGUGAAGGAGGGCGAUAAGGUUUCUCAGUUCGACAGCAUCUGUGAGGUCCAGAGCGACAAGGCGUCAGUCACCAUCACCAGCCGCUACGACGGCGUCAUCAAAAGACUCUACUACGACGUGGACGCCACCGCCUUGGUGGGCAAACCGCUGGUCGACAUCGAGACUGAGUCCAGCUCAGACCUGAUCCAGGAGGAGGACGUGGUGGAGACGCCGGCCAUGGCUCGAGAAGAACACACCCACCAGGAGAUCAAAGGUCACAAGACCCAGGCCACGCCCGCCGUCAGACGCCUCGCCAUGGAGAACAACAUAAAGCUCAGUGAGGUGGUGGGGACGGGCAAAGAUGGACGCAUCCUGAAGGAGGACAUCUUGAACUUCCUGGCCAAACAGACGGGAGCCAUCUUACCUCCGACCCUGUUCCAGGAGAUCCAGACUCCGCCUCCGGUCCCACCCCCUGCUGCUGCCGCUGCCAGGCCCGCGAGCACCGCGGCGGCCCUCAAAGCCCCGCCCACCACGCCCAAACCCAUCUUUACGGGGAAGGACGUCACCGAGCCGCUCAAAGGUUUCCACAAAGCGAUGGUGAAGACGAUGACAGCGGCUCUGAAGAUUCCUCACUUCGGUUACUGUGACGAGGUGGACCUGAGCCGCCUGGUGUCUCUGAGAGCUGAGCUCAAGUCCACCACCGAGGCCCGGGGGGUCCGACUGAGCUACAUGCCCUUCUUCAUCAAGGCCGCCUCCCUCAGCCUGCUCCACUUUCCGGUCCUGAACGCCUCGGUGGACGAAGGCUGCCAGAACAUCACGUACAAGGCGUCUCAUAACAUCGGGCUGGCGAUGGACACCAAUCAGGGUCUGCUGGUUCCCAACGUGAAGAACGUUCAGCUGCUCAGCGUGUUCCAGAUCGCUCAGGAGCUGAACCGCCUGCAGACGCUCGGCGCCGCGGGUCAGCUGGGAACCUCGGAGCUGAGCGGAGGAACCUUCACCCUGUCCAACAUCGGAUCAAUUGGAGGGACGUACGCCAAACCGGUCAUCCUGCCUCCGGAGGUCGCCAUCGGAGCCCUGGGGAAAAUCCAGGUUCUUCCUCGGUUCGGCGCCGGCGGUCAGGUGGUCCGGGCUCACAUCAUGAACGUCAGCUGGUCGGCGGAUCAUCGCGUCAUCGACGGAGCCACCAUGUGUCGCUUCUCCAACCUGUGGAGGGAGUACCUGGAGAACCCGGCCAGCAUGGUGCUGGACCUCAAAUAGACUGGGGGGGGGGGGGGGGUUGAUGUCUCCCAUCAGCCCCGGGGGGACGGAGAUGCCACACUAACAGACUUCACUCCGCCUCCCGCCGCCUUCGCUUCCUGUUUCUGUUCGAGGCCUUCGUGGUCACUGUCCUUCUCUUGUUGCCUUCGAGCAAGGCGCCGGGAGGGGGAGGAGCCUGUCAAUCAUGUUGUUUCCAUGACAGCCAAUAACACACACACUCACAGGUAGUUAGUUUGGUUUUUAGGUUCCUGGUAGAAACAGGAUCAGACGGUUUUCAGUGUUUCAGUCCUCAGACCUCCACCGACAGGAGCCGUCUGGACCUGGAUGCGGAGCUGGUCUGAGACCUGUAACAUGGACUGAAACUCUGGAAGCGGUAGUUUGGUCCUUUUAACCUUCACUGUUUCUGUGGUUAUUAAACUGUUCAUGGUCUGUCAGGCUGCAGGUCAUGUGACUGGCCCGUAGUCCUCCUUGGGUCCUCCUGCUGUCUCUGCCUGGUCUCAUAUUAACAGACAUGGACUAGCCGUCCCCCUCUGGAUCUGGCCUCUCUGCUGGCCUGUUUGGGGUGAGUUAUUAGUGAAGUCUGGUUCCUGCUGGUGUGAAAGGGGUCUCUCUGUAGACCUGCUCCCCUGGUGGUUUAUAACCUCCCGUCUGUAGAAACUGACCUGUGAUCAAAUCCAGUCUCUUCCUCCCCGAAGCAGCCGGGCGCCCUCUGCUCCUCCCAGUGGCUGCUGGGUAAAGACCACGUGGUGUCUGUGUUCUGUUCUGGUCCAUCUCUCGUGAACUUUUCCGGUUUGUGUUUUUGUUUUAGCGACAGACUAAAUGUAAAAGUAUAAAAACAGAAACUUGGGUUUUGUAGUUUUGGGAAUGUGGAAUCAGUUUUUGGAGAUGAAGCGUUUCCCGGACCCGUUCUGGUGCCCCAGGUCAGACUGACGGGGUUUCUGGUGCCCCAGGUCAGACUGACGGGGUUUCUGGUGCCCCAGGUCAGACUGACGGGGGGUCCGGGUCUGGGAAAUGCUCCUGACCCGUUUGAAUCCUGGGAAUCACUCUGAAUAAAGUUGAAGUGCACAAAGC